AUGGCUACCUUUGAUUUUUCCCGUUACAUAUGGCGCCAAGAUGACAAAGUCCCAGGCCUCUACAAGCGGGAGGUCGGUGGUGGCGAGCUCAUUGAGGACGUCUGGAACUUUUUCAAACAGGGAGAGCAAAAUCUCUUCCUCGGCGUCUAUCUUCAGGUCUCGCAGCCACUUGAGUCUUCCAAGUUCAUUGACCUUGCUCGCAAAGCUUGGACCUCGCUCCGUUGGGAUGUUCCAACUGUCGCGUCCCAGAUUCUUCAUGAACCUCGCGAGGGCUCCCCCAUGCCCGCUGCACUCCUUGCAUACGCGUUGCCGACGGGCAGCGCAGAUGUUGACGCAUGGGCUAAGGAGACCGUCAUUCUGAAAGAAGGCUACAAGGAUCUGGAUGCGCUCCGCUACGACAUUGGACGAGGCAUCAUCCCAGACAAAGACCUCGUACCACACACCUAUCUGUACGGUGUUCCAUUCUCGUCGACCUCUUUCGGGUUCCUCCUGCACACUUCUCAUGUUCCAUUUGACGGAGCCGGCGUCAAGAUUAUCACAACCAAGCUCCUCGAACAUCUCUCGAAAUAUAUUACCGAUCCACAAUACGCUGCUGCUGAGGCCUCACGUUUCAAGUGGGGCACGGAGAACAACCAUCUGCUUCCGAUUGCGUCUGAGAUUCUUCGAAAGCACGAGCCGGCAGAGGUCGACGCAGCUGGAAACGUCGUCAAGCCGGAAGAACCGGAAGAACCUCGAGAAGGUCCGAAAUACCUGGAAACGCUGAAUGAGAACCCACCGUACGAUAUGACAAAGGACAAACCAUCCAACCGUCGCGCUGGUUACACCUUCUCAGUCGAGGACUCUAAGAAAGUCAUUGAAGCUUGCCAGAAAGCUGCGGACCGAUUGACGGUCAAUCAUUUGGCUCAUGGCGCUCUGUCAGUGCUGACGGUUAUUGACAACCCACCUGCGCCGGGCUCGCCAAACGUUGUAUUUUACUAUGGACUUGUCGACUCUAGGCAGCGCUUGGCGAAAGAGUACCGCGGAGCAUCAGGCUACCCAGGCUACUGUCUGGGCAUGUCUUCUAUCCAGGUUCCAGUAAACCUCGUCGACAAGUAUUCUGGAGAUGUCACCAAUAACUUGAAGGCAGUCAUCAUGGACUUUGCGCAAUUUGUCAAGAAAGAGUAUAAGCGCCAGGCUGCUUUCCCGUCCCUCCUUGCAAUUGAAAAUCAACAAGUGGAGAUGAUGCUAUCGGCUCCACCUCCGCCGCCCUGGUGCGGUCCGUGGUUCGGAGGUGACGGUCGCGGAGCAAUCUACUUAAGCCCGAAGUACCCUCAGGGUAGCAAUAAUACAGUCAUCGAGGUCACCGACUUCUUCGUUGGUCUCAACAAAACCGACCCUGGACCAUUCUUCCGCGCUACCGAGUGGAAUGGCCGAAUCAUGCUUAGCGCUGAUUACAAUGAAAAGGCCGUCGAGCCCGAGGUGGUUGAAGGAUGGAUGAAGAAGUGGGCUGAGUUGAUGCUUGCCGUUUGUUGA